UAGGGGCCUUUCUGAAAGGGACCAUCAAAUGGUUGAGAAAACAAUCAAAAACUUCAAAAUAAAAGGUAACCAUAGAAACGAAGCCCGAACUAGUUAUAAUAUUGAAAGAUUAACACAAACUUCCGCAUCGCAAACUAUGUUUAAAAAAGAUGAUAAUACCCAUCGAUGUAAGAGCCUAUUUCCAAAUAGCGCGCAAUAAGCUUUUAAUUUAUCCCUUCCUUCCUUGCGUUGUCGUAAGAAGGGACAUUUUCCAUCCUCUUGAAGUUUGCGACGUAAUUCCGGUAAAUUAUGUGAUCCAUCUAGCAAUAUCACAUAAUUAUAAGAAUUUAUUUUCUAAACAAAAAAAAAACAUCCUGUAUAUAACAGGAUCAACGAUAUAUGAGGAAACUGAAUGGAAGACUGGUGGACGAGAUGAUGACGUUAGUCUUCAUUUCGUACCAAUAAGGUUUGAACCGGGGUCAAAAUACUAAAUGACCAAAACGAAUUUAUGCAACAAUCCGGAGUGAUCAAAUGGCCGUGGUGAAUGCGAGAGUUCUUCCCCCCUUAUCACCCGCUAUCAAGAGUUCAUUCGCGUGGAACUUACAUGAGAAGAAACUCGCAACUCGGCUCUUGGUGUGUUUUGGCUUUUUUUAAGGCCUGACGUUUUAUCCGGUCAUGUUGUCUCUUCGUUUGUCAGAGAACUAGCGACCCGUGUGUCAAGAUACAGGGAAGAAAUAUAUCCGGAUCAUCUGACAGAUAAGAACAUUCGUAUUUUUGUAUUAAAUUUUUUGAU